AUGGCCCUCGCCAGCGACCCUGCAGCGCUCUAUGCGACGGCCAUCUUUCAGCAGCCAGGUGAAGUGUCACCCCAUGUCGACGGUGUCUCCGCCUACAGCGCCACGUUGCAUCGCACGCAGGGCUCGCGGAAACUGGGCUUGGUGGUGGCCGAGCCGAAACCGCCAAUGAGAAACCUCCUGAUCCUUCAAACCCUGAGCUCCGACGCGGUGAUAACCCUGAAUUCAGAGCAAAGGAUCGAGGCGGGCCAUGCACUGAUGGCGGUGAACGGGAAGACCGAUCCCUAUGAGAUGAUUGAGGAACUUGAGCAUGCACAGACGCUGAGUUUGUUCCUGAAGAACAAGAUGACACGGCUGCAGCAGAAGCAUUUUGAGGCUCAAACGCGACUCCAUCGAUCAAUGCAGCGAGACCAGCAGAGCAUGCUCCCGGAAAGCUAUGUGGUUGAGGUCGUCAAGGGCCCACGCGAAGUCCUGACGGAUUUGCAGGUGCUCAAGCAUCCACUCUUUUGGAGUUUCGAGGAGGGCUCCACUUUUGCCAAACCUCUUUUGGAGCAGAGCCGUGAAUCGCUCUACCCUGGACGCAGAUGUGCCUGGCUUUGCCAUCUCCCUUGCUUCGCCGACUUCGCGCCAGCAAACGGGGCCCAGGGCCGUGACGGCCGUGACGGCCGCGUGCCGCCCACACCGCCAGCGCCCAUGUUGUCCAGGAUCUGUGGAGAAGCGCUGGCGGGAAAGAAGCCAAAGGACUUGGUCCAUUUCUUGGAGGCGAUGCCAGCCAUCAUGGAGGGCUGCGCGCUGCGGGACGCCUUUGACCUUGGCGCCCUUGCUGGGGCGCAGAUCUACGCCGCCACCUUCGGCGGCGGCAUUGCCGCGCUGCCGCCGGGGUUGUGGCCUCCAACCCCUUGGGCCGAUGUCGCCAGUACAGGCAGUUUCCUACCCGUUGGACAGGAGUCGUUUCCUCCGCCACCGGCUGGCCAACUCGACCUCGGCCGGUGCCCGCGGGAGAUUUGGAAGCUUGGCUGCUGA